AUGUCAGGACUGUUGCUCGUUGCUCUGCAUGCCUUUAUCGGGGAGGCUGCGGCCGCCGCGGAAGGCGAUACCCUGACCACGGAGUACCUUGGCUGGGUAUCGGCUCCAAAUUGCAGGCGAGGGACGCUCGACCUGCUAUACAGUUGCGGAUUCACAAUCUUCCUAUGCACUUGGAGUGCGCUUCACUUGAAUGUCCCCGCGGAUGAUGAUUCCGACUGGACGGUGUGGGUGCGCAAGUUGAAGUGGAUGUCAAUCGCUGUGUUGAUACCGGAAUAUGUCGCUGUCGUGGCUGUUACUGAGUGGUGGGAUGCGCGGUAUCUGCGAAGGAAGAUGCAACUCUUUUGCGAGGGGGGCUCCAAACCCAUCUCGAUGACCCAGAGCUUUUUGCCGGUUAUGGGAGGCUAUGCGUUAAAGACAAGGGCCAAUAGCCUUAUCAGACUGGAUGGUUAUCAGUUUCUUCGUCUGGUCAUGGACAGAAAGAUCUCCAUCCCGACAUGUACGACCGAUGAGAUCAAUGAUCGCUCCAAAAGUGACUGGGUAACAAAGUCUUUGGCUUGCAUACAGGUGUCUUGGCUGGUUGUCCAACUCGUAGGCCGAGCAUCGCAGGGCCUAGCCAUUACCACGCUAGAGAUCUUUACCUGCUCGACUGUGAUCUGCGCUCUCACCGCUUUUGGCUUUUGGUGGAGCAAGCCACUAGAUAUCCGACUACCUUUUGUGAUCGUUACCGGACACGACGAGGACUACAUUCGGGAAACACUACGUAACCUGAUGGAUUCUCCAAGAGAGAACGCUCAGCAUAUUGACCUCACCGACGUACGAUUUAGAAAGUGGGGCGAGAACAACUUGGGUCCCCUUGUCAUGGUAACAGCAGCCGCAGUCGUAUCCUCUUACAAGGCAUGCCAACUGCUUGCUUGGAACUUCGACUUUCCCUCUACGGCUGAACAGAUCCUUUGGCGGGCUGUAAUCCUAGUGUCGGCGGCUAUUACGUUGGCCUGGAUCCCCUUCUUCAAAACGCAUCCUGACCAGCGGUUUGAUCAGGGCAGGUCCGGCAGGGGCCUGAACUGGAGUUCCCCUGACAUGUUCAUGUUCUUGGGUUACCUUUCCUGUCGUGCUUACAUCCUCAUUGAAAUAUUUAUAAGCCUCCGCUCGGCUCCUGAAAGCGUGUACAGGACAGUUGAUUGGGAUCGAGUUCUGCCUCAUCUUUAA